AUGGCGACCAAGGCGGCUUACAAACGCCUUACACGCGAAUACCAAAAUAUACAAAAAAACCCUCCACCUUACAUUGUCGCACAUCCUUCCGAGUCAAACAUCUUGGAAUGGCAUUACAUCAUUACAGGCCCGCCGAAGACUCCAUAUGAAAAUGGUCAAUACUGGGGCACGUUGAUCUUCCCUCCCGAAUACCCUUUUGCGCCUCCGGCAAUACGCAUGCACACUCCUAGCGGUCGCUUUCAGCCCUCUGCACGACUGUGCCUUAGUAUCAGCGAUUUCCACCCCAAAUCCUUUAACCCGGCAUGGGAGGUAUCGACCAUUUUGAUCGGUCUUUUGUCCUUCAUGACGAGCGAGGAGAUGACUACGGGAAGUGUCAGCGCAUCGGACAGUGAACGCAGACUCUAUGCGGCGCGAUCGAGAUGGUGGAAUUCGACUGGGGGUGGAUCAUACGCCAACGUAGCUCCCGGAGUCAAUGCCACCAGCAAAGGAAUCAACAAUAUCAAAGCCGGCGACGGGGGGUUGAAGUUCCGUACGGAGUGGCCGGAGCUGGAUCAAGAAAAUUGGAAGUGGAUGAAGGAAAACCGGAUUGAUGUGGCCACUGGGCAGGUCAUGCCCGAUCCUAAUGCCACGACGACGACCAACUGCUCACCCGAAACGUCCGCACUUCGUAGGCGACCAAAUGGAAGCGGUCCACGUCUGGGAGCGGUCAUGGAAGGAGGGCAGGUGGCGCGGGAAGCCGGCCAGAGCUGGAUUCGACGACACAAGUUCUGGGUAGGGCUCGCGGUGGUCUUUGGAUAUGCGAUCCUGGCCAGACUGUUUCGGGAUAUCCAGGGGUGA